GCAGAUCCACACAGCAGAUUUUAAAAGGGUUUUUUUUUUCAGAUCACCAGUCAUCUGAUGAAAGGACCUAUGUGGUCUGGAAAGUUUGUGGGCUAAACUCACAUAUUGUACCAAAACACUUUUUUAAAAGGAUAUGAAUCAAGGUCAGUGUUUUUGAGACCUGGAUCAAAUUUGGAGGCAAAGGAGAGAAUUGGGGACACACACCUGCUGUUGAGACAUCAGAACGGAGGCAGUCUAUCCAUCAACACUUUGACUGUCUUGAGCGUAGCACAACGCAACAUAGCCGAUUUGGCUGACCUGGACUGAACCUUCAUUCCUCAGGUGGUACAUUUCUGUAGCAUGUAACGUCAGUUAACAACUCGCUCAAUUCCAAGAAAGUGUCUUUUUUCAUUAGACUGUAAGAUUGGCUGCUAUCAUCAGUUUCAACACCACCCAACUCAAGAACUGUUCACACUGUUAAUUAAAAUAUCUUAAUGUUUACAUCAGCUAUACUGGAGUCAACACAUAAGCUGAAAAGUAGACCCCACCCAGCAAGGAACGAGUUUUCAGCAUUCACCUCAUCGAAGCAACACUGGAUAUGAAAACUCAGGAAAACAAAGAUGGUUCAGAGCUCUGGGAUAUACAAUUAUCAAAUAAAAACAAUUCAAAUAACCACAAAAUAAGCCUCUUGCUUUGUCCUGGUGGAUUAUCUUCUGGUAAGGAAGGAUGUCGCCACAGAAUCUGAUAGAUAAGGAUAUCAAUCCAAUAGCAGCACUCAAUAUGUGCUGCAAAAGACUCAUCACACUUUUUAACAAUCAUCGUAUCAGCUUCCUACACUCAUUAGAAAAAAGCAUGAAGUGAGUAACUCCAUUUUGAUUUCCCAGCUAUCAGGAACUGCUUGGACAGCUAGUACUUAUUUAUUUGAUUUAUUUCAAAAACUGGUAAAUAAGAAACGUUAAAAUAAGACCAUUUAAAACAACCCAACUGUUUUUGAUGUGUUUACAAUUCAGAUUGUACUUGGUGAUGAAUCAUUUAAUAUCAAAUCUAUUUAGGAUUCAUCUAAGAUUAUUACCAGCGACAAAGCAACCAAGCAAAUUAAUCCGAUAUCAUUACAAGUGACUAAAACAACUAUUAAAAAAAAGACAGAUUCAGACUGUUAUUUCACUGUGUAUGUUGCUAAAUCUUUGUGCCACCUGUUUCUGAAGGAAUAUUUCACAAGCAAACGGUUUUACACACCUACCCAUUUGGAUAUUGAGAACAGAACAAUGUCCCCAGUACAGCUACUUGUAAAUAUCCAGUGACAGCCUUGCUGAGAGGAGAUACAGUUAUCAAAAAGCUGUUCCCAGAGACAUGUCUAUCUAACACUUAGCUGUCUUAACUGGACUGACUCAAUAACCUUUUUCAGCGUUUUUGCACUUAGCUCCUUUCUUCCCUGCAUCCCUACUGUGCUGGCAAUGUGUGUGUCCCUGCCUGUCUCGUUGGCACAGUUUUUGAGCACCCGCUCCUGCCUCAGCGACUCCUGUAGUAACAGCGCCCCUGACCUGUGGGGGUAGGAGCACGGAGGAGGCAGAGGAGGGAGGCGGAGACUGCUUUCCAAAUUCGUGCCCCUAUUCGGUCAGGAAUGGGCAGGAAGGAGACCAAUCCAGUACCAGAGCUAGGCUACCUCUCUGCAGCCGAUCAGGGUUGGAAAGGAGGAGGCUUUGAGGAGAUGAAGGAGGGAAAGUCUCAUUCUGGGCAGGUGCGAUUCCAGGAGGGGAGUAGUGAAGGAAGGGAAACAUCUCUGGGGUUCUCACUACAGCGAUGGGGCUCCCUAACUUUUCCCCUGGCACCCGGCCUGCGGAAUGUAGCAAUCCAAACCUCACCCAGCCUAAAAGUGCAGUACCCUUCCUUUAGAAGGAGGAGACGAGCUGAAUUACCCGCUCCCACACAGGCAAGCCAAUCAGGGCAGUUUGCAGGAGUAGGGCCAGUCACCAGGAGGAGCAGCAUCCAGGCAUCAUGUAAUAGAGGGGCUGUGGACCCCAAGGACAAAGUGAGAGGGAUUUCGUGUGAUAUCAAAGGAAUUGCUGGCAACCAAGAUGGAUUGAGAGGCGUUUCUAGUCAUGUUAAAGAGUGUAUGGCCUCUCAGGUCAGAAUGGGGGUAGUUAUUCAAAGAGAAAGGUUUAAAGCAGUCACCAAAAAGGCAGCAACAGCACCUCCUACAAACAGUUCACCACUGUGCCAGCCCAAAUUGGCAGAGUCUCUGCAGAAAGUUGACAGUGCCCAUAGGGUCUGCCUUGAACCUGUUGUCAUACAUACUAUAACCAGCCAGUCAGGUCAGAGACAGAGAGGAGAUUCUGAUGAACACAGAGCCGCCUCCCACAGGCAUGAGGAGUGUACUGGGGCUCCAAGCUCAACACAGCAGCUGAAGCCUUCAAUGACCCUUUCCUCCCUGCUCCAGCAUGGCAACUACAAAGGUUCUGGUCUUCUAGGUUGGAAGGGAACCUAUCCCAGGAGAAGGGAGGGCGCUUCGGGCCAUGGACAGGACCAAGACUCCUCUACUCCACACUGCCACGUAGAGGUGCCGCAUCAUGGGCCUGGAACAGCGGCCCUGAACUCUCCCCCUUCUCCCAUGGCUAACAGGAGUCCUGCAGCGUUGGAGGGCAGGCUGCACACCGUGGAGGAGUGCCUCCACUCCAACCAGGAGAAGAUCAAAAUGCUGCUCAAUGUCAUCCAAGACUUGGAGAGGAGCAAGGCACUCAGCGAGGGACGACGUUCCUACCGAACAGGCCAGGACCUCAAUAACUGCACCACCUGUCAGAAAACAGCCUGCAUCGUUUACAGUGUUGAGCACGACUUCAGGCAACAGGAGUGUGGAUUUCAGGGGGUCAUGCAAUCACUGGAGAAGUCACUGGAAAAGGAGGCACAGAGUCCCCCAAAACCGCCACCCCUAAAAACAGAGCCAGCCACACCACCCCAGUCCACUGUGGGACACCGAGCCAAGAGCAAGUCUAAAAAACUGCGGAAGAAAUGCUUCUGGUGGCUGUAAACAUUCUGCUUCUGCUUCGUAGGUACCCCAUCACAGAGCAAUCAACUAUACAUUCAUUCUUCAUCUUUUAACUGUAUCAGUCAAGGAAGACAACUUCGGUCCUUCCAGUCCACAUUCUUUGUUCCAACAAUGUCUUUAAUUAUUAACCUGAAACCAAUUAAACUUCUAGCUAAGUUUCAGUUCACAGCACCCAUAAGAGCAAGAUGAGAGAGUUUACUGGUGGAAAGCCAGCACCAUUGACUUGUGCUUUAUAGAGUCAUUCAUAGUUAAACAAAGAGAUUUUUUGUUCUCUUUACAAGUUAAUAUAGAUUUUAAUUGAUUUGUUUUAAAUGUUUAAUCCCGAGUUAAAUUGUUAAAUCCAGUAUAUUACAGAGCAAUGUGUUUAAUGUUUUUUUUAAUUUCAAUUUGUUAUGAAGCAAAGCACAAGGCUGAGACAACCAAACUUUUGUUUCUUAAAAUCAAACUUUAUACAUGUUCAAGCUAAUUGUAUUGUGGCUCCUCCCCUGCUGUUAAUAUCAUCCAAUCCUGUUCCUGAAACUGUCAAAGAUGGGGGGUGGCUUCCUCCAGAGCAGUUUGAAUUAUUCAUGAGUGGGUUGAACGUCACGCCCAGCCCAGCUAUUCAAUGGGUGAAUCAACAUUACUGCCAACACACUACAGUGAU